AUGACUUCCAUUGGGACCGGCUACGAUCUUUCAGCUAGCACAUACUCUCCGGAUGGCCGUAUCUUUCAGGUUGAAUAUGCGAAUAAAGCAGUCGAGAACUCAGGGACUGCCAUCGGACUGAGAGUAAAGGAUGGCGUCGUUCUAGCCGUGGAGAAGCUUGUGCAUUCGAAACUGCUUGUUCCAGGUGCGAAUAGACGCAUACAGACAAUUGACAAGCAUGUUGGACUCGCAUCCUCAGGCCUCCUAGCAGAUGGUCGACAUGUAGCGAAUCGGGCGCGAGAUGAAGCAGCCAACUAUGGGGACUUAUAUCAUACCCCAAUACCACUGAAGCAUCUUGUCGAGAGAGUGGGCAUGUAUUUCCAAGCUUACACAUUAUACUCGUCAGUUCGUCCCUUUGGAUGCAGCACCAUCGUUGGGGCGGUCGACAAGACCGGCCCUGCACUGUAUGUAGUCGAACCUAGUGGAGUGGCUUACGGUUAUCAUGGCGCCGCGAUAGGUAAAGGCCGCGCAUUAGCGAAGACUGAGCUUGAGAAACUGAAUUUGUUGGAACUCUCGACACGGGAGGCAGUUUUUGAAGCUGCAAGGAUAAUUUACUUGGUUCACGAUGAUACUAAGGAGAAAGAGUUCGAACUCGAGAUGUCCUGGAUAGGUGAUGAGACUAAUGGUCUACAUCUACCAGUACCAAAAGGUUUAUUAGAUGAAGCAUCGCGGAAAGCGAAGGCAGCACUAGAAAACUUUGAGUAG